AAAAAAAAAUGGAAAAAAGGGAAGUUGGGGAAGUGCUGAGAAUGAGCUUCAAGCACAUUACUAUACAGCCCAUGUCUUCUCCUUCAACCCCAUAUUAAAUAUCAAAAAUAUAUUUAACUCUCUGCCCAAAUCUCCCUUCUUUCUUCUUCUUCCUCUUCACGGAUUCCUGGGUUAUUCUUGGGGUUUUCUGAUUUUGUUGAAUUGGGUGUUUGAUUCGCUAUCUAUUGAUGCAAGCUUCUGUUACGUGAUUCGGAUUUUUGGGUCUGUUUUUGUGCUUUUGGAUCGGGGUUUCAAAGCAUGAAUCUGGGUAGCGGACAGGGAUCCAUGUCGACGGCGAGUUCUAGUGGUGCAUGGAAGGCCGGAGAUGUGGUCCCCGACCAGUUUCCGGCGGGUCUCCGGGUCCUGGUGGUUGAUGAUGAUCCCACUUGUCUCAUGAUCUUGGAGAAGAUGCUCCGGACUUGCCUUUAUGAAGUUACUAAAUGCAAUCGAGCAGAAACAGCAUUAUCCCUGUUGCGAGGGAAUAAAAGCGGGUUUGAUAUUGUUAUAAGCGAUGUACACAUGCCCGACAUGGACGGAUUCAAACUCCUUGAGCACAUUGGGCUUGAGAUGGACCUGCCUGUUAUCAUGAUGUCUGCUGAUGACGGAAAACAUGUUGUGAUGAAGGGUGUCACUCAUGGUGCAUGUGAUUAUUUGAUUAAGCCUGUUCGAAUUGAGGCACUGAAGAACAUAUGGCAGCAUGUGGUUAGGAAGAGGAAGAACGAGUGGAAGGAUUUGGAGCAGUCCGGAAGUGUGGAAGAUGGAGAUCGCCAGCAAAAACCAUCGGAAGACGUGGAUUAUUCAUCUUCAGCAAAUGAAGGGAAUUGGAAAAACUCGAAGAGGAGGAAAGAUGAGGAAGAUGAUGCGGAGGAGAGGGAUGAUACUUCCACCCUGAAGAAGCCGCGGGUUGUCUGGUCGGUAGAGCUCCACCAACAGUUUGUGGCUGCUGUUAAUCAACUGGGCAUUGACAAGGCUGUUCCAAAAAAAAUUCUGGAGUUGAUGAAUGUUCCUGGGCUUACUAGAGAAAAUGUUGCCAGUCACCUUCAGAAAUAUCGUUUGUAUCUUAGGAGGCUAAGUGGUGUAUCACAGCACCAGAAUGGGCUCAAUAACUCUUUCAUGGGUCCCCAAGAAGCAACUUUUGGACAAAUAUCUUCACUUAAUGGGCUUGAUCUUCAGACUCUUGCUGUUGCGGGUCAACUCCCAGCACAAAGCCUCGCCACACUCCAAGCAGCAGGGCUUGGUAGGUCAACUGGUAAAUCGGGACUACCUAUGCCGCUUGUUGAUCAAAGGAACCUCUUUAGUUUUGAAGCCCCUAAGUUCAGAUAUGGGGAGGGUCAGCAGCAACAGCAACAACUGAGCAAUAGCAGUAAACAACUGAACUUACUACAUGGAAUCCCGACAACCAUGGAGCCAAAGCAGCUUGCUACUUUGCGCCAGUCUGCACAGUCGUUUGGGAGCAUUAAUAUGCAAGUCAAUGCCCAUGGAAAUGACAGUAGCUCUUUACUGAUGCAGAUGGCCCAACCACAUUCAAGGGCACAAAUACUUAAUGAAACUACUGGUAAUCAUGUUUCCCGGAUCACAUCAUCCAUGGGGCAGCCUGUUUUAUCAAAUGGCAUCGCUGGUGGGCUUCUAACAAGAAAUGUGAUUGUUGAAAAUGGCAGAGGGGCUGGAUUCAAUCCAGUUUCCCAAGGCCCUUCAGUGGUAGAGUUCCCAAUGAACCACACUGCAGAAUUGCCAGGUAACAGUUUCCCUCUUGGGACCAAUCCUGGGAUAUCCAGUAUCCAAUCCAAAGGGCUGUUGGAAGAGGUUAGCUCAGAAAUAAAAGGAUCAAGAGGAUUUGUUCCAAGUUAUGAUAUUUUUAAUGAGUUGCAUCAGCCCAAAUCUCAAGAUUGGGAAUUACAAAAUGUAGGCUUGACGUUUAAUGCCUCUCAACAUGCAAACUCUAUACCAGGAAACCUGGGUGUCUCACCAUCAGUGUUGGUCCACCAAGUCUUUUCUUCUGGCCAAAAGAGUGGACAAAACAUGAAUACGCCUGUUGUUAGCAAGGCUAUGUUCUCGGUGGGGGCAGGAAGUGAGCAUGGGAACACACACAACAUCAGUCAACACCUCAACACGCUUGUUGACAGUUCAUUAAGGGUCAAGACUGAAAAAAUUCUUGAUCCAUGCUGUGAAAUCACCCCCUUCCCUGAACACUAUGUUCAGGAGGAUCUCAUGAGUGCACUUCUCAAGCAGCAGCAGGAAGGCAUUGGAGCAGUUGAAGGCGAAUUUGACUUUGAUGGGUAUUCCAUGGAUAACAUUCCCGUGUAAAACAUGCUCCAUGCUCCAACUUUCUUUUGUGAUUGCAGUUUCUCGUGUACAUAGUUGCUGUUUCAGAUUAAUUUUAUUAAUCCCUGCUGGAAUUGGGGAUGAAGAUUCAACUUCAUGUCUACUUCAUGAAACAGGUUCGCUUGAUUUUCACAUAGCCUCAUCUUCCUGUUGUGAAAAGCUCUUUCUACUUUUUCAAUUUGAAGUUAAAAAGACGGCACCAGAUGAUUAAUUCAGAUAAAUCAUUAUGUUGGAAGACGGAGGAAAAGCAUGUAAAGUAGAGCUGCAUGGUAUGCGAACGUGUACAUGCAAAAUUUUGACUGCUUUUAGUACCCGAAUGUAGCGAGCAGCAGCUAACUUUAGGAUGGUUGUGAAGUUGUGUUGGGUAUGGGGCAAAAAUCCAGAUUUGUGGAGAUAUGGUUUUGAGACAUUUGCAGAAUUGUAGGAAUCUGUCUAACUCUAAUAACACCUUAAGCUUGCCUUCUCCUUUACUUUCUUUUGUCUUCUUUUUUCUUUAAUUUCUUUCUAGGAAUUGACUCAUAACUCUAGUGUACAUAUCCUAUUUGAUUGUUCAAGGCAUAAGUCUGGAUAUUCUUUUUGGGUUGU